AUGGAAAUUCUCAUUGUGGGCGCAGGUCUUGGUGGCCUCGCAGCAGCGUGCUGCUUUGCCAAGGAUGGUCACCAUGUCCAAGUUUUUGAGCAGCGAGAUAAAUUGUCGCCAAAGGGAAGUGGGCUGAUGAUCCGCCCUGGUGCGUCCCGCAUUCUUCAAUCUUGGGGCCUUGGAGAUGCCAUUGAACACGGAGCGGACACCUGUCUUCCGUUCUCCAUCCGAGAUCUGAAGACUGAUGAGGAUAAGAUACAGGCUUUACCAGCUUCACUUACCAAAUACCCGGAUUGGGGCAUUCACCGACCCAUUUUACAAGAUAUCUUAUACCAGAAUGCCAUACAGGCUGGCGCCGAAAUUAUCUUCAGCAGUGUCGUGGAAGACUUCUCGGAUGAACCAGACAGAAGGCCAAGUCUACAAAUUCGAGGGGGUAAAACAAUAACUGCGGAUCUUAUUCUUAUUGCUGACGGUAUUCGAUCACGCUUGCGCUCCAAAGUUUUGUGUGACAUAUCUGCCGGUUGGUCGGUGGAUCCCAAAAUCAGCGAGUCGGUAUUCUAUGGUGUAACAGUGCCACGGCAACAACUAGAAUCCGAUAAUGAUGCCGCGUUAUUACUACAGCAAGAGGAGGCAUGUGUUUGGGUCGACAAUGAGCGCUUUGUUGUUGGUCGGAAGCCCAGAAAGCUUGAAUACUGGAGCGGAUUGUUCGGUCUCAAUUAUGACGAUGGCCAAGCUAGUAUGUGGAAUGAAGACGGCGAUAUCGCCUUUGUGAGGCAAAAUUUUGAAGGCAUGUGCCGAUCUCUCUCUGCGGUUCUCAAAUUGGCGUCGAAGUGUGACAGAUGGAAGAUUGCCGAAAUGCCAAAUCUUCCUCGUUGGACGAGCAAAACUGGCAAGACCAUCCUAUUGGGAGAUUCAGCUCAUGCAAUGGAGCCCAACGCGGCACAGGGAUUAUCCCAGAUCAUUGAGGAUAUAGGAGUAUUGCAGACUUUAUUUUUGUCAUACCCUUGUUUGGAUAUUUCCACGACUACUAUAUUCUGGGAAUAUAUUCGAAAACCUCGAGUUGAACGGAUCAAGACCUACGCUGCUUGGAACACGCGAAUGUUCCUUGGGAAAAAAGACCGUGUUGGCCUGCAUUCGAAAUAUGCUGAUACCGACUGGGAGUGGAUCAAAUAUAUCGAACCUAAUUCUGCUGCAGAUUUCAAUAGCCCUGCAUUUUUUAAGUGGGUUCACGACUAUGAUGCCAUUGAAGAAACCCACAAAUACUUAGAGAAAGCCAACAAAACAAGAGCGAGAUUUUAA